AUGUCAUCGCGGCUCUGCACAAAACAGCUUUUAAGGGGCCUGUCAAGGAAUCCAUCUUCCCGGCUUGUCCUGUCCCAAGUCGCGACACAGACUAGGCAUUUUGCAACACCGGUGCCGCCCGUCACCCAGGAUGCAGCAGGCUCCAAAGGCCCAACCGCAAUUGUGUUCCUCAACAUGGGAGGACCGUCAAAGACCGAUGAAGUUGGCAAUUUUUUAAGUCGCUUGUUUUCCGAUGGCGAUUUGAUCCCUCUGGGUCGACUCCAAGGUUACUUGGGCCCCCUCCUCUCGAAGCGACGAACACCCAUGAUCCAAAAGCAGUAUGCUGCCAUUGGUGGCGGCUCCCCGAUCCGAAAGUGGUCAGAGUUCCAGAGCGCCGAGAUGUGCAAGAUCUUGGACAAGAUAUCCCCAGAAACUGCACCCCACAAGCCCUACGUGGCUUUCCGAUAUGCUGAUCCUCUUACUGAGGAUAUGUAUCAACAACUCUUCUCGGAUGGGUUCGGUAACGGCAAGGGGGGCCGAGCUGUUGCUUUUACUCAAUACCCCCAAUACUCGUGCUCCACCACCGGUUCCAGCCUGAACGAGCUGUGGAAGUGGAGGCAACGACUUGAAGGAAAGAGGGUGGAUGAAGCCGGAGAGGGUACCAUUACUUGGAGCGUAAUCGACAGAUGGCCCGCUCACGCCGGACUUGUUGAGGCUUUUGCGCAGAACAUCGAAGCAAAGUUGGCAGAGUAUCCUGCGAGCCGCCGAAGGGACGUGGUCCUCUUGUUUUCUGCACACAGCCUCCCCAUGUCUGUCGUCAACAGAGGCGACCCGUAUCCCGCCGAGGUUGCCGCCACUGUUUACGCUGUCAUGCAACGACUUAAAUUCUCCAAUCCCUACCGACUAUGCUGGCAAUCUCAGGUUGGUCCGUCUGCAUGGCUCGGCCCUCAGACCGCCACCACGGUGGAGCAAUAUGUUGCCAAGGGUCAAAAGGACUUGGUCCUGAUACCCAUCGCUUUCACGUCCGACCAUAUUGAGACGUUGUACGAGCUGGACCACGAAGUCAUUGGCGAGAGUGGCCACACGGAGACGAUUAAGCGAGCAGACAGUCUCAAUGGUAGCCCGGUGUUUAUCGAGGCUCUUGCAGACAUUGCCAAGGCGCAUCUGGGGAGUCGUGAGGCUUGUUCGAGGCAAAUGACCCUUCGGUGCCCCAGUUGCAAGAGCGAGCGGUGCACAGAAACAAAAAAAUUCUUUGCAGGGCAACAGGCGAAUUUGUAG